GUGAAAGAGAAAGUCUGACAGACUCAAUUCUUGCUACGCAAUCGGCUAAGUGGAAAGGAAAAUCUGACAGACUCACUUUUUGCUAUGCGAGGCUACACUAUCAAAAUCAUGGGCAAACUGUCUGUCUUUUUGUUUGUUUUUUCAUUUUACACCAUUGUCAACGCAGGAUCAGGAUCACAUUCUCUGUGGGCACUUGCAACCUACAUCACCGGAGAGACGCCUUUCCCUGAGUUUACGGUUGUGUUAAUGUUGGACGAUGUUCAAGUGGCUUACUAUGACUCCAAUGACAAACAGUCUGUCAACAGGGGACAACAUAUCACAGAAAGAAACAAGGACGAUGAAGCUCAGGACGGAGCUCAUGUAUUUGGAGUAAUAUACCAGAGCAUGAAAGACAGAUCAUUUGAACUAAAGCACUUUUUUCCUAUAAUCUCGCAAAUCUCCAUUUUGGACGAGACUGACUUUAUGACCAAAGUUAUCCUAUUUACACUUUGUAGUCAAUGUUGACACUAGAAUAAAUGUUUCUGUCUCAUAUCGAUGCCACACAGGACAUUUUCUAAACGAGAAGUGAUAUUUCAGGGGCAGUAGUGCUUUAAUAAAAGGGAGCAUAGAAAUAGAACGGAUAUACCGCUUCUCAGACUUGCUUUCAUUGAGAAUGACAUAUCUUUAACGUACAUUUCUACGUGAAUUUGGUAUUGUCUCCCAAAAAGCUACAUAACCAACUGUGUAACACAUUGUUAUUCAUAGCUAAAAGAAAGGGGAAGUCUGUCAGACACUCUUGAGAGCUUAGAAACUUGCUACGCGAGGCUACAUUUUCUAAAUCAUGGGCAAACUGUCUGUCUUUUUGUUUGUUCUUUCCUUUUGCACCAUUGUCAACUCAGGUAAUAUGGACUAUUUACUUUAUCUCAACUCAUUAAAUGAUUUGUUAUGUUAUAAAAUAUAAAAUGUUCAUAACUCAUUUUAAUAUAACUGCUCUCCCAGGUUCAGGAUCACAUUCUCUGUGGGCACUUGCAACAUAUAUCAACGGAGAGACGCCUUUCCCUGAGUUUACGGUUGUGGUGAUGUUGGAAGAUGUUCAAGUGACUUACUAUGACUCCAACAUGAAACACUUCAUCUACAAGGGACAUAACACCUCAGACAAAAUACAUGAUGAUGAAGCUAAGAACGGAGAUUUUGUAUUUGGAGUUAUGUAUCACCACAUGAAGGAGAGAUACUUUCACCUAAAGCACCACUUUAAUCUCACGGAAGGUGUUCAAGUUCAGCAAAAAUUAACUGGCUGUGAGAUGUUGGACAAUGGAGAACCAGCCUUGGUCAUGUUUAAGGAUGCGUUCAAUGCCAUUUAUACAGAUCGAACAUUAUAUUACAACAUGACACAUUUUACGUACGAUGCUGGGAAACUACUACUAGGAUGGGAUGGGAUGAGGCAAGCAUAUGAAAGAACACUUUAUGAGAAUGUUUACCUUCCUAUUUGUAUAAAAUCACUGAAAAAAAUCCUGAAGAGAGAGAAGAACAUUGUGAUGCGUAAAGUUCCUCCCAGACUCAGGUUGAUAAAGAAAGAGGUUUCUGGAGGGUUUCAGGUGAGCUGCCUGGCGUUUGGUUUCUACCCUCGCCACAUCAACCUGACCCUGCUGAGAGACGGCCAGCCAGUGGUAGAACAGGAUCUGACAGGAGGGGAGGUUCUGCCUAGUGGAGACGGGACCUACCAGCUGAGGAAGAGUCUGGAGGUCAGUACUGAGGAGCUAAAGAAGAGACACAACUACACCUGUACUGCCUCUCACCUCAGUCUGGACAACAAGCUGGAUGUCAGUUGGGAGUCUGGGGCAGAGAGAGUUCACCUAUCCACCCUCUCAGCUCUACUGGUGAUGCUGCUGGUUGUUAUUCUAUUGGGCAUUUUCAUUUGUGUCAAAAGGAGGUGGAGUAACACUGCCUCACAGUCUAAACUUGCCAACGUUGAUGCAACAGUGUCAGAGGAAAUGAACCUUUCUUCAGAUUCUGAGACCUGAUACAUUUUUGGGUCACUGAUGCAGCUUUGUCAAUUCAGCUCAAUUCACAAUGAAAAUAUGACUGCCAGAGCACAUUUGAGGGCAGAAACAAAAUGUAUGAAUGAUUAUGGUCAGUCAAUAUUUCCUUCCCCUCAACAAAGGAUCAGUUUGUGGAGACUGUUGACAAGAACAAAUACCUGGCCAUUAUUAGUCUAGAUCUGCAUUUAUACUUUUUAUAGGCUGGUUUGGCAUGCUGCUCAUUAACAAACAUAAUCUGGUAGUUAUAUGUGUUAUGUAAUCUGUAAUUUCUAAUCAUGACUAUUCAUUAAUUUCAGAAUGUUCUCUAUAUCUGUGCUGUAUCAGCUGAUAUCCAGUAUCUUAACCAGAAGGAGAAUCAUGUGAUCAUGUGUAUGAGGUCUGUUUAUUAUUGGAAUGUCUUUACAGUGUCUCUGUGUUGUAUUGUAUGUAGUGUUUGUUCAUCAUUACUGCACAAUAAUACCUUUAUUACAGACAGUAACAUGUAGCCUAAUCAAUUCAUGGAUUGAUUCAUGUUAACUACAACAUUCAUUUAAACAAUGUCAAGUAUACCGUAACUUCUCUCAGGAACUUGUUUAUCAAGGUGGAAGGGAGAGAUAUGACACAAUUUCUCUCCAGUUUAAGACUGGCAUGAGUAUUAAACUAAGGUGAAUGUUGUAUGCAUUUUAAACAAUGAAACAGUUUUUUGAUAGAACAGCUUUAUUGGGGAAUGAAUCUGUUUGAUCAUGUUCAGGGCCAUGAAAAGUCUUCUUUUUUUUACAAUAUGCACACCGCUCGUUCUAAACAUUUUUUUAGUGCUACUUUUCCCCAGUCAAAUAUACAAGCCUACAUUUCCACUUCAAGCUUGGGCCACAACGUAAAACAUAGCUUCUGCAUAUAAGAUCAAGUUGAAUUAACUGUUAUUUUGUAUUGAACACCCAAUGAUACAUCAAAAGACUGCAAAGCCAAUGUCUCCAUUCCACAUUUUGAAAUAAAAUCCAGUCUUGCUAUUUUACAUAUAAACAAACGUCAAUAUCGUAUACCUACAAAGGGAAAGUGCACAAAGGUUGUGCUCCAAAUAGCACCCUAUUCCCUACAUAGUGCACUACUUUUAACCAGAGUCCAUAGCGCACUAUGUAGGGAAUAGGGUGCCAAUUAAAUUCCCCAGGUCUGCAUACUCCAGUGUCUUAUCAAUUAUUUUAUGCUUUAUUUAAAGAGUUAAGUCAGUAAAGAACAAAUUCUUAUUUACACUGACGGCCUACUCCGGCCAAACACAAACAACACUGGGCCAAUUAUGCACCGCCCUAUAGGACUCCCAAUCAGGGUCGACUGUGAUAGAGCCUGGAUUCUAACCAGGUACUAUAGUGACACCUCUUGCACUGAGAUGCAGUUCCUUAGACAGCUGCGCCACUCGGGAGCCAACCAUUAAAUAUCCUAAAGGAAGAAAAAAGGCAGAAUUGUAUUUGUCUUGGAGACUAAUGACUAAUAAAAAGUAAAUGCCAUUUAUCAUUCUGAAAUGAUUCAGAAUUAGUGCUGCCUACCCUUUUCCAAAUAAAGUAUUGUUCAUUGUGAAACUUGCCUGGUGUCGUAAAAUGCACUGCGGCACAAAAUAUCCAGAAAUGUCCAUAUCUGACACACACAGGGACGGACAGA